AUGGAGGCGGUGCCCGCCCGGGACGAGAAGCCCAACCCGCUGAGCCACGCCAACUUCUGCUCUCGGCUCUUCUUCUGGUGGCUGAAUCCUUUGUUCGUUCUUGGCCAUAAGCGGAGACUAGACGAAGAUGACAUGUAUAAAGUGCUGCCCGAAGAUUCCUCGAAGGUGCUUGGGGAAGGGUUACAAUGGUAUUGGGACAAAGAGGUGCAGAAAGCCAAAAAGGAAGCAAGAGCCCCACACUUAACAAAGGCAAUUAUACUUUGUUACUGGAAGUCUUACUUGGUUCUAGGACUUUUCACCCUGAUUGAGGAAACACUCAAAAUAAUCCAGCCAAUAUUUCUGGGGAAUAUUAUUACCUAUUUUGAAAAGACUGGUUCAUCUGCUGCUCUGAAAUACGCUUAUGCCUCCGCUGCGGCCUUGUCUGCGUGUACUUUGGUUCUGGCCAUAACUCAUCACUUGUAUUUUUAUCACGUACAACGUGCCGGCAUGAAGCUGAGAGUGGCUAUGUGCCAUAUGAUUUAUCGGAAGGCACUUCGUCUGAGUAAUACAGCUAUGACAAAAACGACAACCGGUCAAAUUGUGAACCUCUUAUCGAAUGAUGUGAACAAGUUUGAUCAGGUGACCAUUUUCUUGCAUUUCUUAUGGGCCGCACCACUGCAGGCAGUUGCAGUAACAGUCCUUCUUUGGCUUGAGAUCGGCCCGUCUUGCCUUGCUGGGAUGGCAGUUCUCAUUAUUCUGCUUCCUCUGCAGACCUGCUUUGGGAGGCUGUUCUCAUCUCUGAGGAGCAGGACCGCAUCCUUCACAGACGUGAGGAUCAGGACCAUGAAUGAGGUCAUAACUGGGAUGAGGAUCAUCAAGAUGUAUGCCUGGGAGAAAUCGUUUGCUGAUCUCGUGAACACCCUGAGAAGGAGGGAGAUUUCCAUGGUUCUUAAGAGUUCUUACCUUCGGGGAUUGAACUUGGCCUCUUUCUUUGUUGCCAGCAAAAUAACUGUGUUUAUGACCUUCAUGACCUAUGUACUACUUGGCAACGUUAUCUCGGCAAGUCGGGUUUUCGUUGCCGUGUCGCUGUACGGUGCGGUGAGGCUCACCGUCACUCUCUUCUUCCCAGCGGCCAUUGAGAAGGCAUCUGAAGCAAUGGUCAGCAUUCGACGAAUCAAGAACUUUUUGAUCCUUGACGAGAUUUCUGAGCUUAGCCCCCAACUCAGAACCGAAGAUGAAACCGCCCUCCUUCACGUGCAAGAUUUGACCUGUCACUGGGACAAGAUUCUGGAAGCACCAACCCUUCAAAACAUUUCCUUUUCUGUCAGACGGGGAGAAUUACUAGUCGUGGUUGGUCCGGUGGGAGCAGGAAAAUCUUCGGUCUUAAGCGCUAUCCUCGGUGAGCUGACUGCAAGCAAAGGUUGCGUAGCUGCUCAAGGAAAAAUUGCCUAUGUUUCUCAGCAGCCUUGGGUGUUCUCUGGUACGGUCCGAAACAACAUCCUGUUUGGGAAAGGCUAUGAAAAAGAAAAAUACGAAAAGGUUCUAAGAGCCUGUGCUCUUAAAAAAGAUCUGGAAAUGAUGCCAGAUGGCGACCUGACAGUGAUAGGAGAUCGGGGAGCCACACUGAGUGGGGGACAAAAAGCCAGAGUUAAUCUUGCCAGAGCAGUGUACCAGGAUGCAGACAUCUACCUCCUGGAUGAUCCGCUGAGCGCGGUGGAUGCAGAAGUUAGCAGGCAUUUGUUUGAAAAGUGUAUUUGUCAGGCCUUGCGUAAAAAGGUGUCUGUUUUAGUGACCCACCAGUUACAAUAUCUCCAGGCUGCAAGCCAAAUCCUAAUUUUAAAGGAGGGCAAGGAGGUAGGGAAGGGGACUUAUUCAGACUUCCUGAUAUCCGGAAUAGACUUUGCUUCUCUUUUGAAAAAACCUGAAGAUGAUGAACUGCAACCAAUUCCAGGAACCCCCAGUCACAGGUUACCCAGAAUGCGUACAUUUUCAGAAACAUCUGUGUGGUCAAUGGAAUCUUCUGUGCAGUCACAGAAAGAAGGGGCUACAGAACCGCUGUCUAUGGAGCCUGUGCUAAGCACGUUGCCAGAAGAGAACCGUUCAGAGGGGAAAAUCGACUUCAAUGUUUAUAAGAAGUAUUUUGCUGCUGGGGCCAGCUACUUUGUCAUUUUUAUACUUUUAUUUCUCAGUAUUUUGGCACAGGUUGCCUAUGUGCUUCAGGAUUGGUGGCUUUCUUACUGGGCAAAUCAACAGGAAAGGUUGAACAUGACUACAGAGGGCACUAGUACAAUGAACGAAGUGAAAGCGCUUGAUCUCCGUUGGUAUUUAGGAAUAUACGCAGGUUUGACGGUGGCUACCAUACUGUUCAGCGUAUUGAGGUGUCUCCUCAUAUUUCGCGUUUUGGUUAACUCUGCUCAGACGUUGCAUGACAAAAUGUUCCAGUCGAUUUUGAAAGCUCCCGUUCUGUUUUUUGACAGAAACCCUAUAGGAAGGAUUCUAAAUCGUUUCUCCAAAGACAUUGGCCACCUGGACGACUUACUUCCGUUAACAUUCCUGGACUUUAUACAGGUUCUGUUUCAGAUUUGUGGCGUGGUUGGAGUGGCCGUUGUUGUGAUUCCAUGGAUUCUCAUCCCUUUAGUCCCACUUCUUAUUCUUUUUAUCUUUCUUCGUCGGUAUUUCUUGGAUACAUCAAGAGAUAUUAAACGUCUAGAAUCCACAACUCGAAGCCCAGUAUUCUCCCAUCUGUCAUCAUCUCUCCAGGGACUUUGGACUAUUCGAGCUUUUAAAGCGGGGCAAAGAUUCCAAGAGUUGUUUGAUGCCCAUCAAGACCUGCACUCAGAGUCUUGGUUCUUAUUUUUAACUACCUCCAGAUGGUUUGCUGUACGCCUGGAUGCUAUCUGUGCCAUUUUCGUGGUGGUGGUUGCCUUCGGCUGCUUGCUGCUUGCUCAGACUCUAGACGCAGGGCAAGUCGGUCUAGCGCUGUCCUAUGCAAUCACUCUCAUGGGAAUGUUUCAGUGGGGAGUUCGACAGAGCGCUGAAAUUGAAAACUUGAUGAUUUCAGUAGAAAGAGUACUGGAAUACACAGAGCUUGAGAAGGAAGCUCCUUGGGAGUCCGACAAACACCCACCCCCACAGUGGCCAACGGAAGGUGUUAUAGCGUUUGAAAACGUGAGCUUCACUUACAGCUUAGAUGGCCCUCUGGUGCUGAGGCAUUUAUCUGCUUUAAUCAAGUCAAAAGAGAAGGUUGGAAUUGUGGGAAGAACAGGAGCUGGGAAGAGUUCUCUAAUAGCUGCUCUUUUCCGGUUGGCUGAGCCCCAGGGAAGAAUUUGGAUUGAUAAGUUUUUGACAUCAGAACUGGGGCUACACGACUUGAGGAAGAAAAUUUCCAUCAUACCUCAGGAGCCGGUUUUGUUCACUGGAACUAUGAGGAAAAAUUUGGAUCCUUUCAACGAGUAUAGUGAUGAGGAGCUAUGGAAUUCUUUGGAAGAGGUUCAGCUAAAGGAGGCUGUGGAAGAGCUGCCCAACAAACUGGAAACACAAUUGGCAGAAUCCGGCUCUAAUUUUAGUGUUGGGCAGAGACAACUGGUUUGCCUGGCCAGGGCUAUUCUGAAGAAGAAUAAAAUACUGAUUAUCGAUGAAGCCACAGCAAACGUAGAUCCAAGAACGGAUGAGCUGAUCCAAAAGACAAUCCGUGAGAAGUUUGCCCAGUGUACCGUGUUGACGAUUGCACAUCGACUAAAUACUAUCAUCGACAGUGACAAGAUUAUGGAAGAAAAACUCACUUUGUCCUGUCAUCAGCUCUCAGAGCUUGUCUACAUGUUCAGCAAAGGCACACAUACCCUCCCUCCUGCCCCACUAUGUGCUCUCGGCGACAUGGAAGAACUGAGGGUGAGUGGCGGUGCUGUGCGGGAGCAUGUGACUGUGGGCGGGGACAAAGAAGAACUGAGGGUGAGUGGCGGUGCUGUGGGCGGGGACAAGCUUAUGUCUCUGUGGCACACAGUGCCCUCUGGAGGCUUUGAACUUUAA